ACACACACACACACACACACACACACGCCUGUAUUGACGAAUGGUCUUGGAAUACUUCAAUCAUUUUCUGCAACGUCCACUGCUCACAACACGUCAACUCACGCACUGCGACAAUGGGGUUUGUGAAGGUGAUGUCUGUGCUGGUGGUGCUUGUCGCCAUCGGCCUCAAGCUUGUCCACGACAACACACCGCCGGUGAUUCCCGGCAACCUCCCCAAGGAAAUGCGCGCCCUGCGCGUGCAUGGACCCGGCAAUGCGACAACGCUCGGCGAUGUUCGAGUUGACACCAUCCCCGUUCCAAAGGUCGAGCGUGGAUAUGUUCUCAUUCGCGUCAGGGCUGCGGCUAUCAACCCCUCUGACAUUUACUUCCUGAGGGGCAUCUACACGAGCACCGGAAACGACCCCAGCUUCCCUGCUGCAGCAGGCUUUGAGGGAAGUGGGCUGGUUGUUGGCCACGGUGGCGGCCUUUUUGGCCAUAUGCUUCUUGGCCAGCGCGUCGCCUUUGGCGCAGCUGGGGGCGGCGCGUACGCAGAGUACAUUGCCGUGAAGGAGGAUCUUGUCAUCCCGCUUCCCGCUGAAAUGAACUACCCGCAGGGCGCGUUCAGCAUGGUGAACCCGCUCACGGCCAUUGGCAUGCUCAGCACGGGCCUCAGCGAGGGCCAUCAGGCGUUUGUGCAGACUGCCGCCGCAUCCUCCCUCGGCAAGAUGCUCCUCCGCCUCUCAAAAGUGCAAGAUGUGCCCAUGAUCCACGUUGUGCGGCGCGCGGCCCAGAAGCAGCUGCUCGUUGGGCUCGGUGCUGUUCCCGAGCACGUGCUCAUCUCCACCGAUAAUGACUUUGUGCCCAAGCUGCGCGCGCUGAGCAAACAACUCCGCGCCACCGCCGCCUUUGAUGCAGUCGCCGGCACCUCAACAGCACAGCUGGCGGAAGCGCUGCCCGAUGGCGGGCUCGUGUAUGUGUACGGAGCGCUGUCGAACGAACCCGUGAAGGACGUGGACCCGAUGGUUCUCAUGCACGGCAACAAGCGCAUUGGCGGCUGGCACCUGCGCGUAUGGACUGACAACCUGUACUUCCCACAGAAGCUGAUGUACAUCUUCAAGACGCGAGCGCUGCUGACGACGGCGCUUCGGACGGACAUUAACGGAUAUGUGUCGCUCGACAACUUCGUUACAGAAGCCAACAAGUACAUGGGCGCGGCGACAAACAACAAGCGCGUCCUUGUCUUCAAGUGAAGAAGCAAGUUGGGCCCAAGAACAAACGACACUUUUUCCUUUGUAGUGGCAUGCAACAAUACUCGUCUCUCCCUUCGUCACACGGCUUUCGUCCCCUCUACUCUCUUUGUUCCUCUUAACACCGUCUCUCUCAUGCACUGGCUGACUGUUAUCUCAAGUGUUGUUGUUGUUGUUGUUGUUGUUGUUGUUGUUGUUGU